GAGAGUCAAUUGUCCAAACAAAAUCACUUCACUCGCUCAUUUCUCUCAUCUCAUCUCAUCUUCCGUUCACUUUCUGUGGUUUCCUCUCUCAUCGUCAGCUCCGCCAUCGCAUUUUCACUCUUGUAUUUGUGCAAGCGUAACUGAAAACUGUUAAAACAAAAGCUAAACGAUGUCGUAUGUACCUCCACACUUGAGGAACUCUUCCGCCACCACCACCACCACCACUACCACUUCAGUAACCCUAGAUAACGUCAAUGAUCACAUCACUAAGCUCUCUAAUUCCGCUUCUUCAAAUUUCCACUCUAAAAUCUCUUCUGCUACUUCUACUUGGAACUCUCUCCCCACUCUAUCCAAUGCGUCUCGCCGGACCUCCGCUGCGCCGAGAACCGUGGCUGUUCCCGAAGUUUUUUUUCCUCAAUGGAACCCAUCCGAGCGCGUUCUUCGCUUGAAUUCGCAGCAGAUUGAAGACGUUCGUAUGCGGCUUAACGUUGAAGUUACUGUUGCUUUGGAUUCUCCUCCCGCACCUGCGCCAAUUGAAUCAUUUGAAGAUAUGCUUUUGCACCCAAGCAUCAUGAAGGAUAUUGCAUAUCAUGGAUAUUCUAGGCCGACUUCUAUUCAGGCGCAGGCCAUGACAGUGGCACUUAGUGGUAGAGAUCUAUUAGGUUGUGCUGAAACUGGUAGUGGCAAAACUGCUGCAUUCACCAUUCCGAUGAUACAGCACUGCCUGGCUCAGUCUCCUAUUCGACGAGGUGAUGGACCACUGGCAUUGGUUUUAGCUCCUACCAGAGAGCUAGCUCAACAGAUUGAGAAGGAGGUCAAAUGUUUUAGCAGAUCUCUUGAGUCAUUCAGAACUGCGAUAGUUGUGGGUGGAACUAACAUUGCUGACCAGAGGUCUGAACUACGGGCAGGAGUGGAUGUAAUUGUUGCUACUCCAGGAAGAUUCAUUGAUCAUUUACAACAAGGAAACAGUUCCCUCUCUAGAAUUUCAUUUAUUGUUCUGGAUGAAGCUGAUAGAAUGCUGGAUAUGGGGUUUGAACCACAGAUUAGAGAGGUAUUGCGCAAUCUUCCAAAAAGGCAUCAAACUCUGCUGUUUAGUGCAACUAUGCCUGUGGAGAUUGAGACACUAUCCCAGGAGUACCUAACUACCCCUGUGCAAAUCAAGGUUGGAAAAGUGAGUAGCCCAACUGCAAAUGUAUCUCAAGUUCUGAAAAAGGUUUCUGAAAGUGAGAAGAUUGAUUGCCUUCUAGCUUUGCUUGUGGAGGAUGCAUCACAGUCUGAAAGAUCCGGUCAUCCCUUUCCUUUAACUGUCGUCUUUGUGGAAAGGAAGACAAGGUGUGAUGAAGUUGCUGAAGCUCUGGUAGCACAAGGUUUACAAGCAGUUGCUUUUCAUGGUGGCCGUAGUCAGAGUGAAAGAGAAGCAGCUCUACAAGAUUUUAGAAGUGGCUCCAAUAAUAUUUUGGUUGCCACUGAUGUUGCAUCUCGUGGAUUGGAUGUAACUGGAGUUGCUCAUGUGAUUAAUCUGGAUCUUCCUAAGACAAUGGAAGAUUAUGUACAUCGAGUUGGAAGGACAGGCCGUGCAGGAUCAGCUGGUCAAGCUACUUCAUUUUACACUGAUCGUGAUCUGUUCCUAGUGGCACAAAUAAAGAAAGCAAUUGCAGAUGCUCAAUCUGGCAACAAAGUGGCUUUUGCAACUGGGAAGGUUGCUAGAAGGAAAGAGAGAGAAGCAGCAGCUUUGCAAAAGGAAGCGAGGAAUUCUGUGUCUAAGUUGGUUGGACCCACUUCAUUAAACAUUGAGGAUAAGUAUAGGUUCAUGAUUGCCUCUUCAAGCAUCAAAGGAGAGGGCGCAGCAGAUAGUGCUUGGGAUGAUUAAAUGGAAGUUUCCUUCAGUACCUCUUACAUAGCUUUGAUGAUACAUGCUUAUGAUUCCAUGAAUUUUAAGGUGUACAGUUUCUGAGUUGGGGCUCAAACAUGAAGAUGUGCUGAAGAUUAUAAUUUCUGGUGAGUUCAUCUUCCAAUGUCGUUGCUCCAUUACAUGUUCAGUUGCCAGUUGUAUCAAUGGUGGAUUGAAUGAAUGAUGGUAGGACUGCUUGUGUAUUGUGAAUAUGUACAUCUUAGGAGUGUCCUAGUGAAAACUCUACAAUUUGAUCUUGUGAUUUUGAUACUUAUGGAAGUGUCGACUUUAAUCAAGUAUCUUUGCAUUUGUUAUCUCUA